AGUCUAUGCUCUUCCUGUUGGACGAAACAGCGACGAGUUUCACGUUCUCUCAAAUCGCGGAUUGUAUUUCGUGCGAUUUGUUUGACGGACGGCGUUAAUCAUCAACAAAACGAAAAUAAAGUCAUUAUUCAAAGUUUAUAUCACGAUCAAACGAAUUGUUUUACGAAUAUUUCAUAACUACUUUCACCGGAUACAUCGAUAAUUUGAUUAACGAAGAACCCCUUGCAAAAUUAACUUAUAUUCAGUGAAUUGAUUCUACAAUGAAUUCGUGUGUAUGGUCAGUUAUCAAUAAACGUGUGUGAUGAACUGUGUGGUUCGUUUAAGUAACAAAGCUAAAGCGUUGGCUCCCGUUCGAGACUAUUAUCCUAUACGUGAUUACGUUUGUCCGGGACCGGGAACUGGCCACUUUGGUUAGUCGCCGCGGGGAGCCCAAAGGGGCAAAUACGGAGCCGCAGAUCCUGCACCACAUCAUUUACCGUCAGGAUUGCGAUUUAAAAAUGGUGCAGCAAGAUUUGACUUAGACAUUUGAGACAAUUAAAGCUUGUGCUAUGGCUCACGGAGGCUCAAAGGAGUGAGCUCAGGGUAGCUACGGACUAGGGGAGUCAGUGUAGUGUUGUGUAGUGUCUAGUCAGUGUGCGAGUGCCGGGAUGCCCUCUGCAAUGUUGUCGGCAGUGCUUGAAGAGGAGCCCGACUUGUAUGAGGCAUUCCCUCCACAUGUUGACCCCACCGGAAUCACUAUUUUAACUGACAGUCCUCCAGGCAAGAAAGCGCCCCUCAAAACCUUCGACGAGGUCCAGCCCAUCAUCCAGCAGGGCCGCAAGCGCGAACUCAAGAUCCUCAUCAGAGAAAACUCCUGGCCGAUCAAUAGCCCCGUUCGCGCCUCCCUCUGGCCAGCCCUCUGCAAACAACACCAACAUGGCAAGUCUAUGCUCGAUGGAUUCUACUGGGACAUGGUUACACAGGUGUUCGGUACAGUGGAGUUGCCGGACAAGCCGAUCAUGCUCCCACCCUUCGUAGAGGCGACCCACUGUCUCGGUUACCACCUAACGCGCAAAGGCCGAGCUGUCGCUGACAGGGUCGUCUCCGUCCUCGGCUACGCUUGUCCUGACAUCACCUACAGCCCCAGUCUCUACCCCAUCACCGCUGCGUUGCUGCACUUCAUGCCUGAGGAGGAGUGCUACCACUGCAUGGCGAGCCUCGUCGCCUCCAAGGAGAAGAUGUUCAUCACGCAGACGAAACUCCUCAACGAGGUCACCUGGAAGACUGUCAUGCAGAUCGCCAAGAAACAUGCCAAGUCAGCGGCGCAGCACCUGUCGCGGCUGUCUGGCGCCAUCGGUCCGGAGCGGAUCUACGCGGACUGGCAGUGGUGGAUCCUGGCCGCGCUGCCCUUCCCGCACCUCGUCAGGGUGCUCGACUGCUUCUUCCACGAGGGUAUCAAGGUAUUCUACAGGGUGGCGCUAGCGAUCCUAAUCCUGUUCCACAAGCACUCGAGCAACCAGAACUCGGAGUGGUACGCCGAGGCGACCAAGAACGGCGUCGACCACGCUGUCGACAAGUUCUGCAGGAAUAUGCCCGCUUCACCCACCAAACUACUCAGGACCGCCUUCAGCAUCAGAGCAUUAAGUUCACAGUACAUAUCCCGGGUGUUCAUAAAGACAGAGAUGACGCUCAAAUCAAAGCAAGUGAUGAUAGGAUCUCGCCUGGUCCGGUCGAGAUCCUCCGACAACCUUCCCACCAGCCAAUCGCAAGCCAACAUACAAAUGAUGUCUCACACCCUGACCAUACGAGAGAAAAUGUCUGAGGAAACGUGCAAACAAAUGGGCUCACAUUCGCCGGGCCCGCGCGCCCUUUCGAUGGGCGUGUACCCUAUCCAAGCGAUCAAGUCCCAGAUACUUGACCAGAGCGACUUAUUCACGUUAUGGUCAUGGCUGCCCGUCCGCAUCACGAUGUACCAGCCAGUGCUGCUAUACACCACUGAGGAGCACGGAUGCUCCCUGACCACCUUCUACGUGAGAGUGGAACACCACGAGCCCACGCUACUUAUGAUCAAGACUUGCAAUAAUGAGGUGUUCGGCGCGUACUGCUCCACGCGGUGGUUCGAGCGGAACCAGAAGGACGAGCGCGGCAACAGACAGGCCUACUUCGGCACCGGAGAGACAUUCCUCUUUAGCCUUUACCCCGAGCGAGCCAAGUACCCGUGGGUGGGGUGCGCCGCGCACGCGGACGGAGUCGCGGACGAGCGCGUGGCGCACGGCUCCGAGCUCUUCAUGGCGGCCGACUCUAAGAUGAUUACCAUCGGCGGCGGCGACGGGCAAGCGAUAUGGAUGGACGAGAACAUCAGGUUCGGCAAGACCGACCGCUGCUCCACCUUCAACAACCCGCCGCUCUGUCCCAGCGGCGACUUCGAGAUCAGAGUGCUCGAGGUCUACGGCUUCUCUGGGGCGUAAGAAUCUCCACCAUUACUCCUAGUGAUUAAUCUUUUGAUCCCCCCCCCCCCCCCCCAACUUAAUCCGUGAAAAUCACAGCCAUCCUCCGACAAAACUUAUUUUAAAACUACAAAAUAUGUUCUUGAUGAGUGUUACGACAGAUCUCACACGAUAUUUCACUCGAUUCAAGUUCGAUUUACACGUAUCGAUAACCCCCUUGCCGUUAACAGACUGUGUAGAUGUAUUCCUAUUUAUUCUAUGUGUACCCCGUAUCCUAAACGAACACAACUGUCCGAAUAAGACAACGAAGACGGGGAAUCUAGGUUGUUUCUAUAUAUUUACUCGUGUUUAGAUGUCUGUGUGUAAGUACAAAAUGAAUAUAUCGUACCUACUCUUAAUGGAUUUAAUACGCUUAUGUGAAAGCAAUAUGUAUGGGGCCUAGCCGUGCGGUGGAACGUAUAGUUGUGUCCAUUUGAACAUUCCAGUGAAAUCGGGCACUCGGCUGAACAAACCAUGUUUUGUUUUUAUAUUGUGGACUCGUUAUAGUUGAUAAGUCGGCGGGUGUGUUCGAGUGUUCUCUGCGAAAAUGUAUGUAAAGAUGUUAUUAAUUUAUAUGUCUUACAUAAACUCCUACGUAAUGAUUGAAGAGGAACAUUCUAUACUAUCUCACGGUCCAGUUAACAUAAGAAACAAGAUCAAUUUGCUGCUUCAUUUGGGGCAAUCGCAUUGUCUGAAAUAGUAUGAAUGUUGCAUGUUUCUUUCGAAAAAAAAAAGACUACAAAACCGUGCAUUUUCAUAAAGAGCAUUCGAUGUAAAACAUUUUUAAUAAUUGGCUCGUAAGUAAGAUAUGUUUUGGUCCAAACUUCAGUAUUUUGGCGUCGUAGUGGAGAAUGAGCUUCUAGGCUUAUCAUUGUCAUAUACUCAGCCCGUAUCACAAUUCGUUGUUCACAAAUUAUACCAAAGAAAUCAUGCACAGAUAUUUCUACUUUCCUAUUUAACUUAUUCAAUAAAAUAGAAUUGAUAUAUCUGUUAUUAUCAAAUAUAAUUGGAAUUGAAAUCGUAUAAAUUUGUGAUAUAAUGCGAACAUUUUAAAUGGGAAUAAUAGUUUUCAUGAUCGCUGAUAUUUGGUCAUAUUAUAUACUCACUUAAACGUUAGCUAUUGCUACAUGCAAUAAUAAAUAUGCCUAUUAAAAUUAGCAGCCUAAUAUGAUAGGCGAUAUAACCGUAUAUCAUUAGUUUGUUUUAGAAUUUUCUAUAAAAUUUUAUUCACACUAAGUUAUCAUAGUCUAGGUUUGUUAUGGAAUAUCAUACUUGUUCUGAAUUCUAAUAUUUAUAAUAAUAAAUUAGUUACAUAUGUGAAGAAAUUAAAAAUAAUAAAGUAUAUAAUUAUUGAAAAUCUAGAAGAUAUUCCAAGACAAUACCUCAUAGUGACUUACCCACUGGCUUUCAGUUUAGUAUUAUUUUACUGUAUUUUGAUGCUAAUGUGCCAAACACGGACCAUUGGACAAACACGGCUGGUAGGCCACGAAAGUAUUUUAUAUAUAACUUUUUCCUACCAUUGUUAUCACUUGCUUUUAUGACGAAACAAGAGUGGAUAUUAAAAAUAUGUGAAUUUUAAAAAUGCAACGUACAGUCUUGUCUAAAAAAUGGAAAACAAAUGAGGACGUUGUGUCCUGUUGGCUGGCAACACUGUGUUUAUCCACCAAUCUUGCCCAUUAUAUUUGGUAUUGCAAUGACAAAAAAUGUGAUUAGUUUUCUACUCUUUAUAGACAGAUUGGUAUAUGGAUCAAGUUGAAUGUCUCAACAAUAUACAUAUCCCUAUCGGUACAAAGGGGUUCCGGACGUUCAUAUCACCCGCGGCUUUUUCUGGCUACGUUAUUGUUUUUUUUUUUUUUGUAAAUAUUUUGUUUAUGGUCUUCGCUCGCACGAGUCGAUUCUUUUUAAUCGAUCGACUCGUGCGCGCGCAGCCCGUUGUAGCGUAAUUUGGAUUUGUAAUGGUACUACAUACAUGUGUAUGUUUAUCAAAAGCCUAAGACUUGUUUUAAUUGCAGAUAAUUUAUGUAAUUUAUUGAGUAGGUAAUAUGUAAUGUUUAGUUUAUGUAUGUUAACACGCGCCGUACUGCGGGCUGGGCGUGAGUCACAAGUUGUUUAUAAAUCUGUCUGUUAGGGCUCCGUUAUGUCGGAAAUGGGCGACAGCCUGAUAAAAUGUCAGUUAUUAUGUCUUUGAUAUGGGACGCAACCCGAAUAGAGUCGUGUUACAGUCAUCAUCAGUCGAUAUUGUUGUUAUUAAUUUGGCAAAAUUCAUAAAUAUAUGUUUUAAAGAUACUGCAUGCCUAUUUAACUUAUUUUAAAAUAAAUACAAAUUGCUUCAAACUUCAAACAUAAGGAUAGAUUCCUUAUAAUAUGAAGAUCAUUUUUUGCCAUAAAAAAUUACACAGGCGUCAGUAUUUUAACUUUUACUCUGUGAUGGAAAAUGCUGAUGAGUGACUGAUUGACCCACGAGAGUAGUGUGAGAUGUAUGUAUAUGUGGAGUUGCGAAUGUUUAGUUUUAGUUCCGCCGCCGCCCGCAGCCCGGCGACACUAGCGAUAUGUUGUUGUUAGACAAUUUGUCGUUGUUCAGUGUAAAGUCUAGUCUUUAUUCUGUUUUUAUCUCUAACGAUGUAAUAUUAUAUCUAAAUAUAUACGAAUUGAUAUUUAAAAUUUUCGCGCGAUUUUGUUCCGCCUAAGGAACACGUAGUAUUGUGGAUAGUUAGCACGUAAGUACAUUAAAUGUAAACUUUUAAUUAAUCUCUGUUUUCCCUUCAGUAUUUGUGGUGAACUUUUUUUAUGCGAAGAUCCUAUGUAAAAUGACAAGUGUAAGGCUCUGUCAGGGCCGUUUUGUUACGAAGUUAUUGAUUACAUUCGAAUAGUUUUAGUCCGCCGCCGCCGAAGUAGCGACGGUUUAAAACUCGUUUAUGGUAAUGUAAAUGUUGCUUUAUAAUGUCUAUAAAAUAUAUAAUCAUAUAUACAGA